AUGGCAUCAUCACUCCCCUCCACCCAAAGGGCCAUCGCCAUGACAUCCAAGCGCGCGCCCCUCGCCGAGAUCAGCGUCCCCGUCCACCCCCCGGCCGCCGACGAGGUGGUGGUGCGCGUCGCCUGGACCGCGUCGACGCCCCUGGACCUGCACCGCGCCGACGGCGGCCUCCUCGUCGCCUCGUACCCGGCCCAGGCCGGCGGCGGCGGCAUCGCGGGCACCGUCGUGGCCGUCGGCGGCUCGGCCGACCUCGUCAAGGGCCUCGGCGUCGGCGACCGCGUCAUGGCCUUUGCCUUUCGCGGCGGCAAGGAGGCCAACCACCAGGAAUACGUCACCGUCCCGGCCUACCUCGUCUCCAGCGUGCCCCCGGGCCUGACGCUGCGCGAGGCCUGCACCGUGCCCGUCAACCUCGUCACCGUCUUCCACGCCGCCACGGCAGACCUCGGCCUCGACCUCCCCUGGCCCCUGCCGGACACCGCGACGACGCCCGACGACGACCAGGACCCGCCCAUCGUCGUCUGGGGCGCCAGCAGCAGCGUGGGCAUCUACGCGCUCCAAGUCCUCCGCCACUGGUACCGCCAUCGCCGUCUCCUGGCUGUAUCGAGCCGGCAGCACCACCCCCUCCUGCUGCGGCUGGGCGCCACUGCCUGCUUCGACCGCGCCGACCCGCGCGUCGUCGACGCCGUCCUCGCCUCCGUCGGCAGCCGCCACGCGCCGCUGGUGCUCGACUGCAUCGGCUCCCUCGACGGCUCGCUGCGGCCCCUCGCCCGCAUCGCCCAGCCGGGCUCCCGCGUCGCCGUCAUGCUGCCCGUCAUCAUCCGCGACGCCACCGACGACGAGGAGCCCGAGUACGAGAUGGACGUGUCAAAGUGCCUCCCUGGCCUGUGGGCCGACGGCGUCCUCCUCAGGGGCGUCCGCACGCACUUCUACCUGCAGAACGAGUUUUUCAAGGAAAUGCUGCAGCCCGAGAUUGUGCCCGCCCUGCUAGCGCAAGGGGUCGUCGAGCCCAACCGGCAACGGGUUGUCGAGGGCGCGACCAUGCUAGAGAGGGCGCAAAAGGCCCUCGACCUGUUGAGGAGCAGGACCGUGAGUGGGGAGCGGCUUGUGUGGCAGGUGGCGCCGUAA